CAGACGAACCAAGGCAAGCAGGCCAACUCCCGCCGCGGCCUGGCUAGCCACUCCCCUGCUACUCGGUUUUCACCGCCUCUCGGGUGGAAAGGACACGCCAUAUCCGGGGAAAGGGGGGGACACAAGCGAGGCAUGUUCUUUGCUCAGCAAUGCUUCAGCUGCCUUGGCAUUAAAACAUCACUACUGAAGAUAACUUAUCCUUUGAGAUGCUUCAGGUUUUCAACCUGUCCAACCAUGACCUUCAACCACAAAAAUGCAAAACGAAUUGAAGGGCUUGAUAGCAAUGUGUGGGUAGAAUUUACAAAAGUAGCUGCAGAUCCCUCAAUUGUUAAUCUUGGGCAAGGCCUUCCAGAUAUAUCUCCUCCUAACUAUGUAAAAGAAGAAUUAGCGAAAGCAUCAUCUGUGGAUAGGCUGAACCAGUACACACGGGGCUUUGGACAUCCAUUGUUGGUGAAAGUCUUGUCCCAAGUGUAUGAAAAAGUUUGUCAAAAAAAGAUUGACCCCUACACUGACAUCCUGGUGACAGUAGGAGGCUAUGGAUCUCUGUUUAGUGCAAUUCAGGGACUCAUUGAAGUUGAAGAUGAAGUGAUAAUAAUAGAACCCUUCUUUGACUGUUACGAGCCCAUGGUGAGGAUGGCAGGAGCGAAACCUGUUUUUAUACCCUUGAGAUAUAAAACUUCAGCUGGAGACAUUGCAUCUAGUGCUGACUGGGCCUUGGAUCCCACUGAACUUGCAAGUAAAUUUAAUUCAAAGACAAAAGCUAUUAUAUUGAAUACCCCGAACAAUCCUAUAGGAAAGGUUUAUACAAAAGAAGAGCUCCAGAUAAUUGCUGAUCUCUGUAUUAAAUAUGAUACCCUGUGCAUCAGUGAUGAGGUGUAUGAAUGGCUGGUAUACACUAACAAUAAGCACAUUAAAAUAGCUACUUUACCUGGAAUGUGGGAAAGAACGGUAACAGUAGGAAGUGCUGGGAAAACAUACAGUGUAACAGGCUGGAAGCUUGGCUGGUCUGUUGGUCCCCAACAUCUGAUAAAACAUUUGCAGGUUGUUCAACAAAAUACAAUCUAUACAUGCCCAACUCCAUUACAGGAGGCGGUGGCGCAAGCCUUUUUGAUAGACUUCAAGCGUAUGGAUGACCCAGACUGCUACUUCUACUCUCUGCCUAGAGAGCUAGAAAGCAAGCGGAACCGAAUGGCUCAGAUGCUCCAGGAAGUGGGGCUGAAGCCUGUUGUUCCAGAGGGAGGAUACUUCAUGAUUGUUGAUGUAUCCAUGCUAAAUGUAGAUCUGUCUGACAUGGAGAAAGAUAAACCUUAUGAUUACAAAUUUGUGAAAUGGAUGAUAAAAUCAAAGAAACUGUCAGCUAUUCCUCUCACCUCAUUUUGUGGCCCGGAGACCAAAGAUCAGUUUGAGAAAUAUAUACGGUUUUGCUUCAUCAAAAAAGACAGCACAUUGGAUGCAGCAGAAGUGAUCCUGAAGAAUUGGAAGAAACAUUGACAUAACAGUUAACAUUUUCUGUCACUUAAAAAAAAUGCAUGCAUUGUUAACACAUUUAAAACUAGAUCUAGUAUUUUACACGAAACUAUGCUUUUAAAAAAAUUUGCAUUGUGCUGCCACCUGCUGGAUAUUGGGUAUUAAUAAUGUAAUCUAAGCAAUUGAUUUCGAUAUCGUCCAAAGUAUAAUCUGUUUUCAGUGGAAUCUUUUCUCCCCCUCAUUUUUUUUAACGUACUGAAAUAAAAUACAUGCAGACUAUGUCCACCAGACUCACAACUUGAUGAAUUCCUUUAUACUUGUGCAAGGUAUUUUGCAUUUCUCAUAUGUCUUUUUGAUCAAUAGCACCUCUUCUGCAUUUCAGGCAAAAUACUAGCCCUGUGCAAGCAUUCAUCCUGUUCAUGUGAGGGCUAAAUGUAUGUGGGUGCCGGGCAUAUGCAUAGGCGAAACACCCUGCUAUAUGAAUUCUCCCAAAGAACUGAAAAGAAAUAUGUAAUAAUAAAAAUAACAAAAACAUAUAAUCAUGGUUUUGUAAUGGGGAGGUGUGAACUCGCAGUUCUUGCAAAAGAUUUCUGCAGUAGAAUAGUAUACUGUAAUGUUCAAACAGUUUUUAAAUAUAUUUUAGUAGAGUUCAGGAAACGACAGAGCAUAUCUUGAAUAGCUAAUGCAGUUUUAUUGCUCAUUACUACAUCAAAUAAGUACAGAAAUGCAAAUUUAGUGCACAAAAACUAGUAAUGCAAAAAGCCUUGUAAUUGGAAUGAAUAAUAAAGGAGAUGUCAUGCACAUCUAUGUGAAUUUCACUGAUUGGAGAGGAGAGGUCAGGCUACUUCAGUGUGCAAAUUAGGUAAGUCAUUUGCUUUUUCUAUUGAGCAAGUAUUAUGCUAGACAUGAGUUUUGUCCUCUCAAAUUUUAUUUUACAAUAAUGAUCCUUGAGGAUCUGCUAAACAUUGUCUGUUAAUUUUAUGGAAUGAAAUGUUGAUUUGAUUUAACAAAUCAUUAACAGUGAAAAGUUGCCUUAAAUCUUACUUGACUAUUGUUUUCAUUCAUGUUAUAAAUAUGCAUAAUACUGUGUUCCUCAAACAUAACAGGGAAAUAAAGAGUAUGAAAAUGA